AUGAACGAGAAUUUGAACGAACGAUUUGGUCGUGGGAAAGCAAUUCGCGACUCCCGAGUGCCUCGUGCUCUCACUGCAAGACCCUCCACGACCCUGAAUUUGAGUAUCAGGGAGUAUGCAAAAACUGCUGGUCAGCCUGCUGACCCGUCCCAUUGGACCGGCUUCCGUGAGAUUCCAUCUCCCAGUGAGGUGUUCGAUGAAGGCCGUACGGAGCACGGUACGACGCUUGAAUUGACCGAAAACUCUGUCGUUGGGCCAUACAUUUCGAAGGAAGAUUAUUUGGAAACCCACUAUAGGUUGCUCAGGGAGGAUGCCGUGGCGCCGCUGCGGGAUGUGGUCUCUGAGAUUCAAGUAUACCCCCACAUCAUGGAGAAAGAAUCCGACAAUAGUGCGUACAUCUACGAGAAGGUCUUCAUCAUUGGCCUGACGUUCGCCAAUGCCGGGAUUGCAGCCCGUGUCACGUUUUCUCUGAGACGGAUUGGGAAGAAAGUGAACUGGGAGCAGUCGAAACGAUUGCUUACAGGUGCAGUUCUGGCGCUGACUCCGGCAAAAGAUAUGUUUGCAUCUGUCUGCCGUGUGGCCAUAGUCGCAGCAAGACCUCUAGCCGGACUCGAGCAAAACCCACCAGAGCUUGACAUUUUCUUUGGAGGCCCAGAUGAGUUCGAGAUCGACCCUCAGCAGGAAUGGGUUAUGGUCGAGUCUCGCAAUGGUUUCUACGAAGGAAGCCGCUUCCCUCUCUCGGAGCAUAUCGUUGACAUUCAACGUGUCAUCCGUCCUCCUCGGUAUCUCGAGCAACAGCCUCGAAAGAACCUAUCGAGCCUAUUUCCAACCGCAGUUGAUGAGGUACUCAAUGUGGACACUCUCGAGGAAUGGCCUGCCAAGUUGCCCAGUGGUUUGGACCCAUCUCAAAUGGAUGCACUGAAACGCAUCCUUUCAAAGCGGCUUGCAAUAGUACAAGGUCCGCCCGGCACAGGAAAAACACACGUCUCGGUGAUUGCUCUCCGCCUAUUAUUAGAGAACUUGGGUGCCGAAGAUCCUCCCAUCAUCAUCGCUGCUCAUACAAACCAUGCUUUGGACCAAUUGCUUCGACAUAUAGCCAAAUUUGAGCCCGGCUUCAUUCGCCUGGGUGCUUGGACGAAGGACACUGAAGUCAUCAAGCCGCAGACGCUUUUCGAGAUCAAAGAUGCCAUUAAGCAUAGCAAUCCAACAGGGGGAUUGAGGAACCCGGCUCUGAGAAGAUUGAAGCAGUUGGCAAAGGAAAUGACAAUUCUAUUGGCCCCUCUCACAGAAGGGAGAGAACUGUUGAAUUCAAGAUCAUUCGAGCAGUACAAUGUGAUCUCAUACGAUCAAUACUAUUCACUUGUCAAGGGUGCCAAAGAAUGGAUCAGGGCCGGGGCCGAAGACGACCCAUUGGGAGAUAUCGCCACCUGGUUGGGUGAUGAACGUAUAGAAGCCAACUACCGUACCAUGCCGGAGGAUUUCGGCAUUGAAGUCGAAGAAGUCGUUGAGUACGAACAACUCAAAGAAAUUGAAGCCGAAAGCAAGCUCGUUGAUGAUGAGGACCGCGACUCCUUGAGAGGACUUCGUUUGGUUUUUAAUGAACCUUUCACAGGCCGCCAGAGCACCGGGGUAACAGACGAGACCGUUCAAUUUGAGAUGCAGAAGCGUGAUCUGUGGAAUAUCCCCAGGCAACAUCGUGGACCUGUGUAUAGACACAUGCAGCAGGGUUUGAAAGCUGCAAUCACGAAGAAGUUUCGGGAACUGGCACGCCAGUACGCAGCAGCAUCACAGGAUGCGAAAAGUGGCCUUUGGGAGCUCGACUACAACUACUUGAAACAAGCCAAAGUAAUUGGUAUGACCACCACUGGCUUAAGCAAGUAUCGCGGUCUGAUCCAGAGUCUCGACCCCAAAGUUGUUCUUAUCGAAGAAGCUGCCGAGACACUCGAGGCUUUCGUGUCAGUUGCAUGCUUCGAAAGCCUCGAGCAUCUUAUCCUGAUCGGCGACCAUCGGCAGCUGAGGGGUCAUUGUAACGAUCAAGAGCUCGCAGGCAACCCUUAUUAUCUGGGUAUCUCUAUGUUCGAGAGACUGGCUCGAAACAAAGUCGAAUUCUCCCAGCUGAAGCGUCAGCGUCGUAUGAUACCUGAAAUACGACGUGCGCUAAAGCCAAUAUAUGAAAAGCUAGAAGACCAUCCUUCUGUCCUCGACCGAUUACCUAUUCCUGGCAUGGGUGGCGUAAAUUCUUAUUUCUUCACACACGAAGGCCGAGAGACUACGGAUAGUCAGAUGUCUAAGAUAAAUCAAGCAGAGGCGGAAAUGCUGGUAACAUUUUUUUAUUACCUCGUCCUCAACGGCAUGGCUCCGGGGGAAAUCACGGUUCUGACCUUCUACAACGGACAGCGAAAACUGAUCAUGAGAAAGCUGCGUGAACACCGGCAUCUGCAAGGGGCAAAAUUCACCGUCGUCACGGUAGACUCGUAUCAGGGCGAAGAGAACGAAGUAGUUCUCCUUUCGCUUGUCAGAAGCAACAUUCGCGGCAACAUUGGUUUUCUGGAGGUCGAGAACCGUGUCUGCGUUGCUCUCUCUCGAGCUCGGCGCGGAUUCUAUAUUUUCGGCGAUGCGCCAAACCUCUGCAGAUCCAGCAUGCUGUGGUGGCAUAUCAUUCAAGCCAUGGCGAAAGACCCAUGUCGCGUUGGCUUCUAUCUGCAUUUGACAUGCAAGAAGCAUAAUGAGAAGACUUUUAUCAAAGUCUCGAGGCGGGAUGUUCAAGAGCCUGCCGAGAGGAGAUGUCAUGCGGGCAUACGUGUGCGUUGGGAUGUCAUCUCUUUUCUCAUGACGUCAUCCGACUGCGCCUGCGACAAAAAGUUCGAGUCAGUCGACCGUGCUGUAGCAUUGACGGGAUCCUCUAAGGAGACGCACGCAGCGCCCCUUGAUUACGCUGAGGGUGCGACUGGAUCUUCUAAUAUAAAGACUAGUCCGUAUUACCCGCAAGCAGGAGCCGCCAAUUAUGCCACAGUGUUCAACGGAACUCCGGAAAAGAAAAAAAAGCUUCGCAAUUCUUCUCAAUUUUCCGGCCCGCCGCAGCUCGAAGAUCGCCAACCUUAUCGCAACAUCCCUCACGACACACAAUCUUACCGUGAUUUCGCUGCAGGUGGUCAUGUCGAAUCUGACAAGAACCUUGCCGCAAUGGUGGAACGAGAAGCUGCUGAGGCCCGGGGCAAACAAUUGGACGAGGAAAAUUUUGCCGCCCUUUUCAGUGAUCCAGGAGACGCCGUUUUGCUAGAUAAAACUAAGAAGAUGACGCUUGUUCGCACGAUGUCCAAUGGAAAAGGUGGAAGUCGUGGUGUGUGGAAGGGUGUAUGGAACAAGCCCCCGAGGUCCAAGGAUGCUAGCCCCAGUAAGAAAGAAGAGGUUAGUCUGCUGGACUCGUGA